CGGUCUACAUCACAUAUCAGUGUAACACAAAACAUUGGCAGGCAGCGUUGAGCUGGAGUAGAGAAACAACAAGAAAUCUAGCAGAUAACGGAAUUAUAUAAGUACUCAAAUAUAUUGUCACCAGUAUAUUACCUAGUGUUGUUAAGUAGUUAAUUAAUGUAACUAAUGGUGCUGCGAUAGCUAACAUUAACCCUCAACAUUUCUUAGCUAACAUAAGCUAGUUAGCUCGGAGCUAGCUAUAUUUGAUAAUUGUUGGAAAGUCUGGCAACUGGUAGCUAGGUUUCUUAUAACCAUGUGACUAGCUACAGUAAUGUUAAAUAUUAAUUGACAAACAAUUUGUUAACUCGACGUUGAAAUAUGUACAUUCAUUCAUCUUCAUUUGAUUUACAAGGCGAGCGAAAAUCUAUGUAUAAACAGUCUGAAAAUAGGUUCUUCAAAUGUGGUGAAAAGACAAGCCCUAUCAGUGUAAUUUUGGUUACUUCGGGUAGCCGAGGGAACAAAUUGCUCUUUAGGUACCCAUUUCAACGGGUUGCAGAUUGCACAUCAUCAUUCACGACAAAACAGCGAAGUCCAUAUGCAUUGAACACUACAGGAGAUGUUCUUGAGGACCCAGAUGGAGAUUCAAGAGAACAAACUCCACUAACUGAUGAACAGUUGGUAGCAGGGUUCUCUGACAUCAUCCUCGCCACUAUCUUGGCCACCAAGUCUGAUAUGUGUGGGAAGAAGUUUGAGCUGAAGAUAGACAAUGUGCGUUUCGUUGGGCACCCCACCCUCCUCCAGCAUCCUCACACCAUUCAGGUGUCUAAGACAGACCCCUCACCUAAGAGGGAGAUGCCCACCAUGAUCCUGUUCAGUGUUGUGUUUGCUCUGAGGGCCAACGCCGACCCGUCAGUCAUCAGCUGCAUGCACAACCUGUCCCGGCGCAUCGCCAUCGCCCUGCAGCACGAGGAGCGCCGCUGCCAGUACCUCACCAGAGAGGCCAAGCUGAUGCUGGCCGUGCAGGACGAGGUCACCAACAUGACCGAGACUGAUGGCAGCCCUCAGUCACCGUUCAGACAAAUCCUUCCUAAAUGCAAGCUUGCCAGGGACUUGAAGGAGGCUUAUGACAGCCUGUGUACAACAGGGGUGGUGAGGCUCCAUAUCAACAACUGGCUGGAGGUGAGCUUCUGUUUACCUCACAAGAUCCACCGGGUAGGGGGCAACCACGUACCCCCAGAGGCUCUGGAGCGUAGCCUCAAGGCCAUAAGGCCGUAUCAUGCUCUGCUUUUGCUGGACAGUGAGAAGGCUCUGCUGGCCCAGCUGCCUUUGGAUUGCUCUCCUGCUCUGGUGCGCCUCAUUAAGACCUGCUCUGCAGUCAAGAACCUGCAACAGCUGGCACAGGAUGCAGACCUGAACCUGCUACAGAUCUUCCAGAUUGCUGCUCACCUGGUGUACUGGGGAAAAGCCAUCAUAGUGUACCCUCUGUGUGAGAACAAUGUCUACAUGCUGUCCCCACACGCCAACAUCAGCCUGUACUCUCCAUUGGCUGAGGCGUUUCGCCAGCAGUUCCCAGGUUAUGACCUGCCUUCCAUGCUGGCCAAGUUCUCCCUUCCCCUCUCACUGUCUGAGUUUAGGAACCCACUGGAUGCUUCUGUGCAGGAGGCCCAGCUGAUCCAGAUGGUGGUGUGGAUGCUCCAGCGGCGCCUGCUGAUCCAGCUCCAUACCUACGUGUGUCUGCUGGUGCCCCCCAGUGAGGAGGAGCCAGGUCUGCUGCGGGACGAGGAGCUCCCCCUGGUGACCCGGGUGGGGGGACGCAGCCUCAGCACGCCCAGCGCACUCAGCUUCGGAUCCCCAACCAGCAGUGAUGACAUGACCCUGACCAGUCCCAGUAUGGAUAACUCCAGUGCAGAACUGCUUCCUGGUGGAGACUCUCCACUAAACUGGAGGAUGACCGAGACGUUAUUGGCCAGCCUGACAGAGCACGAGCGCCAGGUCAUCCUCAACAUCCCGGCUGCACAGAGCCCUGAAGACCUGCGCAUGUUUGCCAGGCUGCUACACUAUUUCCGAGGGCACCAUCACCUGGAGGAGAUCAUGUAUAAUGAAAACAUGAGGCGCUCUCAGCUGAAGACCCUCUUUGACAAAUUCAGAAGUGUUCUGGUGGUCACCAACCAUGAGGACCCUGUCAUCUCCCUCUUCCAGUCUCCUCUGGAAUAGAGAGAGUAGAGAGGUCUGUCAUCUCCCUCUUCCAGUCUCCUCUGGAUUAGAGAGGUCUGUCAUGAGAUGAAGGACCCUUUCUGAAAUACCAGACGGACAGAAUGAUACAUACUGCUGCUGUACAAAGGCCUUAUUAUGGUGCUUGCUGCUUUCAGCCAACUGGAUAAUAUUGCAAUUUGAGGUAACUAAUAUACUGUACUCAUCUAUCAAUGCACCGGGAAAAAAUACUGAUUUAAAAAAGCAUAACUGUCUGCUCUGCUUGGGGGAAAUGUGAGUAAAUGUAUAUAGCUUUUAGAUGAUUUAAUUUGUCCCUUUGUCUCUUAGAUGUUUUACGUUCAAUGCCUUGUUUUCAAUACUACAUGAUUGAAUAACAGUGUGUGAAGAGCUUUACUAAUACCUAUAAAUUGGGCAGUUUAAACACUGUACUCUACUUGAGCCUUUCCAGUUGGGGGAUUCCCAAAAGUGCUAAAUCAUCUCCAACAAACACAAUGUAGGAAAACAACCCCAAUGCUCAUUCCAGGCUACAGGCAAGGCUGCCUCCCCCAGGAGUCUCAGUGGGAGGGAAAGAAUGACAAGAUGCCAAACAUCAGACAUGCUGUUUCUACUUUGAGAGGAGGAGCACGACGUUCCAAACAUCAGACAUGCUGUUUCUACUUUGAGAGGAGGAGCACGACGUUCCAAACAUCAGACAUGCUGUUUCUGCUUUGAGAGGAGGAGCAUGACGUUCCAAACAUCAGACAUGCUGUUUCUGCUUUGAGAGGAGGAGCAUGACGUUCCAAAUAUCAGACAUGCUGUUUCUGCUUUGAGAGGAGGAGCACGACGUUCCAAACAUCUGUGACAUCAAUGAUUACAAAAUAACUUUUCAAGCAAGGACUUUUAUUACAAAACAGGUGGAAGAUUGAGAAUGACUGGAAUGGAAAUUCUAGUUGCUUUGAUAGCCGGGAGGGGAGGCUAGAUCAAAUAUUUUACAGAUGUUUGGAAUGUAGUUUAAUCAUUUGUAGCAUACAAAUAUGGCAUAUUCCAUAUCUGUGGGAUUUGUGUUUGUGCAACAAUGUGUAUAUCUAUUGAGUCUGGAUUCCCCUCGAAGCAAAGAUUUUGGCUUGGGGUCUUAUGCAAUGAUUUCCCCAUAGCUAGACCAAAUUACUGAAAUAGCUCAUAGCUGACAUGUUUUCACUUGCUCUAGCAUUAUGUCUGUAAAAACCUGGUUAUAGUUAAGAAAAAAACGUUAAGUAUGUACUCCUCAUGGUUUGAUACAAUUCCAAAAAUAUUCCCAGUUUCAACUCUCUGUCUCUGCCUGUUUGUCCACUACACUCACACAGUGGUGACCACGCAGAUAGAAGCGCAGGGGUUUGAUGGCCCAUUCCCCAUGAGAGUCAAUGCCGAUCCGGCUUGCUGAGACCACCUCCUUGAGGUCUGGCUCCUGCGGUCCUAUCUGGGGGUCCCUCUCCAGCCACACCUCUGGCUCUGAGGCUAGGUCUCUCCGGUCGAAGCAGCGUGGUAUGUCCAGGGCCUGGCACAGCUUUGAGGGACCAUUGCAUAGCUCCUUGUCCUUCAGGGGCCGGGCCCCGUCCCUCCGCCUGGCUGUCCGCAGCUGCCUCAUUAGAGGCAGGCCAUGUAGAGGCUCCAGAGCACGCAGAAGCACGGCAGCACCCUCCCCUAGAGAGAACAAACACAGGGCAUGAUAGAGCGGAGCCAUACUGUCUCCUUCCUUUGCCCUUUCUCCAGUGUGAAUGGAUAAUAACGUGGUGCAACAUAUAAUAUAACGUCUUCAAUAAUGAGAAACAGUUGAAAAAAAGAGAACUAUGGCCUAAUGAAAGUAACAUGGGAGAUACAAGCCUGGGAGAUACAACACUACUUAGUCUCUAAUGAGGUGAUUUUCUUACAGAUAAGGCCAACACACUGAACAUUACUGCAUGUGGUUUUAAUGGCAGUUUGGUUUAUUAAUGGUGGUUUGUUCCACUGCCUUCAGGGUAAGCCUGGCUGUUGUACUGUUUUGUUGUAUGGUCUUACCUUGACUGGAAACAUUCAUACAGAGGUAGAUGCCGUAGAUGGGGUAUACAUAGAUGGUGCCAGGUUUCAUAAACAUUGCUGUGUUCCUCUCAGUGCAUUUCCCCCCAGCAGAGUGAGAGGCCUUGUCCUCUCCUCCCAGGUAGGCCUCAGUCUCCACCACCCUCCCUCUCAGCUCAGUGCCAUCCGCACUCCGACGCACCAAUACCUUGCAGCACAAACAAGGGAUGGCCUAAAUAAAGACUUUUUUUCAUGUGUGUC